AUGCCACCUUUUUCAAGAGUCGAAAGAAGAGAAUCAAUGGCUGAAAGAAGACCUUCCAUGUCUUAUACUCCUCCUGUAAUCCCUCAUUUAGAAGGGUUGGAAAAACCUCAACAAAAUCAUAUCGAAUUAGAUCAAGCUGAUGUUCUUAUCUUAGGAACUGGAUUAAUUGAAAGUAUAUUAGCGGCUGCAUUAUCUUGGCAAGGAGUUCAAGUCUUACAUCUUGAUAAUAAAUCCUAUUAUGGUGAUUCAGCUUCAACUUUAACCAUUGAUCAAUUAAAAAAAUGGUGUAUUGAAGUUAAUCAAGGUAAAUUACCUAAUUUUCAAGAUGCUCAAAUUUAUAUCCCAGGUGGGAAAUCAACUAAUAAAUUUAAAUCAAAAGAUUAUGGAAUAGAUUUAACUCCUAAAAUUAUGUUUUGUAAAUCAGAUUUAUUAAGUUUAUUAAUUAAAUCAAGAGUUUAUAAAUAUUUGGAAUUUCAAAGUUUAAGUAAUUUUCAUGUAUUUGAAAAUGAUGAUUUUAAUAAAAAAAUAUCAAAUUCAACUUCAAAGGAAGAUAUAUUUUCAAAUAAUUCCCUUUCAUUAUUAACCAAAAGAAAUUUAAUGAAAUUUUUAAAAUUCAUUUUAACUGAUAAUAAAAAUCCUGAAAAGAAACAAUUAUUAUUUGAAAAUUCAAAACAAACCAUAAUUGAUUUCUUAAAGGGUCAAUUCAAUUUAGAAGAUCCUCAAAUUAAUGAAUUGGUUUAUUCUAUUGGUCUUUGUAUAAAACCAACUACAAAAACUCCUGAAGCCAUUGCUAAAAUUAAACGAUUCCUUGUUUCAUUUGAUGUUUAUGGUAAUUUCCCUGUUAUGAUAUCAAAAUAUGGUGGACCAGGUGAAAUUUCUCAAGGUUUUUGUAGAAGUGCUGCUGUGGCUGGAACCAUUUAUAAAUUAAAUACUAAUUUAGUGGAUUAUGAUCCUCAUACUAAAAUUGCUCAAUUUAGUGAUGGUUCAAAUAUAAAAAUUAAUGAAAAAAUCAUUAUUAGUCCAACUCAAUUACCUAAAUUCUUACAAUCUACUUAUAAUGAAUUAGUUAAUGAUGAAAUAUCUCCUUUACCAACUUAUAAUAUCACCAGAUUAAUCACAGUGGUAAGAAGAGAUUGUAAAGAAUGGAUGUCAGAUCAAGAAUCAAGUGCUAUAGUUGUAUUUCCUCCAUUAUCUUUACCAACUCAAAAUAAUCAAUCAGUUCAAGUUAUUAUUCAAAAUGGUGGUACUGGGAUUUGUCCAUCUGGUCAAUCGAUUUGGUUUAGUCAUACUUCUGAACCUGAUUUAAAUAGAGCUAAAUUGGAUUUAGAAUCAGCUUUUGAAAAAAUGGAAGCUUCAUUAUUAAGAGAAACUGAAUCAAAUUUAGAAAAGAAUUUAAAUGAUGAAGAUUUUAAAAUCAAUAGUUCUGCCAAUAUUUAUUCAACAACUCCAAUCAUGGUUAAUUCAUUUAAAUUAGGGGAACAUUUACAAAAUUUCGUUCCAAAGGAGAAAUUAGAAAUUGUAUGUAAAGUGGGAUUUGUCCAAAAAACCUUAAUUAAUCCUGAUUUAACUAAUGUUUUCCAAGCUUCAGAAUCAAAUAAUGUUAUUUUGAAAUCCCCUGCAUCAUCAGAUAUAAUCUUUACCAAUAUGUUAAGUUCAGAAUUAAGUUAUGAUGGAAUUAUAACUGAAACGAAAUUAAUUUAUUCUAAAAUCACUGGUUCAGAUGAAGAUUUCUUUGAUGUUGAUUUUGAAGAUGAAGAUGAUGAAGGCAAUGAUGAUUAUACUAGAUCUUCAACCACCACUACAGCAGCUAAUACCAUUGCUAAUGCUCAUAUUGAUGAUGCCAAUUUAGUACAUACUAAAUCAACCACUUCAAUAGGAGAUAAUAGUAAUGAUAUUGCCAUUGAUGAUGACGAUGAUGAUGAUAAUCAUGAACCUUUUGGUACUGAUGUUGAUAACAUGGAAUUGUAAUCCCCCCCCCCCCCCCCUCCUAGUUUAGAUUAUGCUUUCAAGUUUAUUGUUUAUGUUCUGUUUGCUUUCCCCUUUUUCUUUCUUUCUUUGUUUGUUUCUUUUCUUUCCCUUGUUAUGACAAUAUUUGAUAAUGAUACUCAUAAUAACGAUGCUAAUGAUUGGUUGAUUAUCCCAUAUUACACCUUCAACUACAACUAUUAACUAUUAAUUACUACAAACUUAUUAUAUUCUUACUACUACUACUACUUAUUAUUAUUAUUACUUUCAAUUCUUGCUACUGUUAUUAAAUUUAAAAAAUCUAUUACAAUUAAUUAAUUAAUCUUACUCCUCCUUUUCCCUUACUCCACAUUAACAUUUAAAUAUUGUCACUAUUUACAUUAUCAAUCAAUCAAUCAAUCAAUCAAUCAAUCAAUCAA